CUACGACGCAACAAAGAAGUAGACGCGCACCCUACAAGGAAGCCUCUGUUCCUUCUCUCUACUACCUAAACAGAAAGAAGAGUUGCCCUAAGCGCCUGGAGUCGACAAACCUCGCAGUUCAGUGAUUGCUGGCUCUUCUUUUUGGACUUCGUAUAAUAGUUGAUGGCUUCAAAACGGAUUCAGAAGGAGUUAAAGGACCUGCAAAAGGACCCUCCUACUUCUUGCAGUGCUGGGCCUGUAGCUGAGGACAUGUUCCACUGGCAAGCAACAAUUAUGGGCCCAGCAGACAGCCCAUUUGCUGGGGGUGUCUUUCUCGUAACCAUUCACUUCCCCCCAGAUUACCCUUUCAAGCCCCCCAAGGUUGCUUUCCGCACCAAAGUUUUCCAUCCUAACAUCAACAGCAAUGGGAGUAUCUGCCUCGACAUUCUCAAAGAGCAGUGGAGCCCAGCCCUUACAAUAUCCAAGGUGCUGCUCUCAAUCUGUUCUCUGCUUACCGAUCCAAACCCUGAUGAUCCCUUGGUGCCAGAGAUUGCUCACAUGUACAAGACUGAUAGGGCCAAGUACGAGUCAACUGCCCGUGGUUGGACCCAGAAAUAUGCCAUGGGAUAGAAUCCUUACUAUGCCUCUUUAUAGGAUUGUAUUGGCUUAUAUUCUAAGUAAAUAAGAGGAAAAUGCUAGGAUGUCUAAAGAGUUUGAAUUUAGCUAGGCACUUUGUGAUUCUAUGCUUUUCGAUGGUUCUGGUUGAGUUUAUGUGAAUUUAUUGUGGACUAGGAUAUGCGCUCAUAUAUGACAUUAAGCUUAUGAUUCUGGGUCCCUAAUGACUGUGUUCCCUCCA